GUUUCCAGUUCCGGCAGCAGCAAGUUAGGCUGCGGCGGGACGGCAUGGGCGCGCGGAAGGGCCGGCAGUAGUUGUGUCCUGUUAACCGGCGUCAUGGCUGAGCGGGAGCACAAGAGCCUCGAUGAUUUCUUCGCCAAAAGAGACAAGAAAAAGAAGAAAGACAAGACCAAAAUGGUGAAGGCAGGGCCAGUCGCGCCGCCCAAAGCUGCCGUGGCGGCCGAGACCGUGGCCUUGUCAGCGCAACCUAACUCGGCCCCGGAGCCGGCCGUGACAGCGGCCUCGCCCACCGACCCAGCCGACGCGGCGCCUGUAGCGAUCCCCGCCCCGACUGCAGUCGCCAAGAAGCCCAAGAAGGAGAAGGAGCGAAUGGUGAAGGGGGAGAGCCAGGACCUGCAGCAGGAGCCGACCAGGGAGGAUGAGGAAUGGAAGGAGUUUGAACAAAAGGAAGUUGAUUACAGUGGUUUAAGGAUUCAUGCCUUACAAAUCAGUGAUGAAAGAGAGGAAGAAGAUAAUGAGAAGAAAGAAGAUCAAGAUGAGAAUGGAGAGAAUAUCUUGUAUAGAGAGGGAGACAGGACCAUUGGACCUUGGAACAAGAUAACGCCAGUGCAGACACCUGUCACUGUGGUUGAAGAAGUCCCAGAAGCAAAACCAGCUGGUGUGUAUCGACCUCCUGGAGCCAGGUCGGGUAGUGUGAGAAGAACACAAUCACAAGGACCACCCGAGAUCUUCAAUGAUGUACAGUUUCCAUCCCUACAGGCGUCAGCAAAGCAUGUAGAAACCAGAAAAGAUAAAGAAAUGGAAAAGACCUUUGAGAUGGUGAAAUACAAAAACAGAGCCAGAGAGGAUGGUUCUAAAAGUCAGUCCGUUCAGCUAGAACUUGGCAACCAAUUUGCUGUUCUUGAAGAGCAGUAAAUAUUGGUGCAUAUUUUACAGACUGCUGCUCUGUGUUCCAUCCCAGGUAACUAAGCAACAUGGAAACCACCUGCGUUCACCACACAAUGCAAGAAAAAAAUGUUUAAUUGAGGUGGCAUAGGCUUCUGUGGACAAAUGAGGCAUCAUGUGAAUUUUCAGCUUGCAGCACAAUAACUGCUGUCAUCUGCAUUGGACUCGAAUUGAUACAAGGGUUUGAAUGAAGUGUCAGUCUUGGAAUGACAUUUUUGGAUAAAAAAUGAAAAUGCAGCCAUUAAGUGGUCCAUUUGUUUAUAAUCCUGCUUUCUAGAUGAAUGUUGAGCCUCAAAGGCGACUACCUCAGUUUGGCAGUGAGAACUGUGGACACCAUUUUGACUGUACCUCGUUUGCCAUCACUUAUUUUAAAAGGAGUGUUACAACACUAGUUCAACAUUACAGAGUAUUAAUCUGCUAAAUUCCUGGGAGCAGAAAUAGAAAUUGUUUGACAGGCUUCAAAUUACAUUUGAGGCUGCAUAACAUUAAGUGACCUUACCAUAAAAUAAAAAUCUUGUGUGGCAUCUUCUAAAACAUCUGGUUUUCAGCUAGGUGGCUGCAUGCAAAGGCCUGGACUGCAUCGCCUCCUUGCUUAAGAUCAUUCACAAUCUGUUGUUUUUGGAAGUGAUGCAGAAAUGUAAUAUACGGCAGCAUCCUCCAUGUAUGCUUGAUGCUCAUAGAGCUUUAAUCUGACUUGGAUCUUGGGUAAAUGAAUAUUUUAGACAUUUACUUUGUAAGUAGCAACACCCGCAAGAACCCAGGGUCCUCAAAUCUUCAAUUUGUAACAACAGUGUAAAACUAAAGUGGUGACCAACAGUUAAAACCUGGAUAUGGGGAAUGGGAAAACAAGGAUUUGCAAACAAGUGUUCCUUUUAGAAUUAUUUGCAUUAUAUCACUUGAACAAUCAAAAUACAGUGUUUGUUAUGUGACAUGAAUAAUGACACUUAUCACAAUCUCUGGAGGUUGAAUUCAAUUCAUCCAUCUUUUUGUGUAUUUAUGUAAUUAGCUAUUACCUUAACAUUGCCGGGGGGGGGGGGGGUUGGAUAAGGGGAAAAUAAAGCUUAAGGUUGCAGUUUAAAAAAAAGACAACUGCAACUAUUUAUGAAGACUGGUACAGUAUUUUCUUAAAGCUUUAAGACCACUUUUAAAAUUGGAUGUAGUGAAAUAAGUGCAUCUUAGGCUCUGACCAGUUGCGUUUUGAAAUUCCCUUCCUUUAACUUGCAAUAAAACUAAUUUCCUUCAAUAACUAGCAGCAACACUUGGUAGGCAUAAUUGGGUUGUUUUAAGAUGCAGAAUUAGAACCUAUUUUGUGCUAUACAAAUGGAACAGCAGCUAUUGUCUGAACUUACUUGAUUCCUGGGCAUGUAUUAUGGCUGUACUGGUGGAAAAAAAUGAAAUAAAUUAAUACAUCUGCAACAUGUGAAUACUUUGUUUCUUU